AUGCCCAAGGCACCCCAAGUCCUGAUCCCCAUCUCUCUCGCUCUUCUCUCGGUCUCCACCCUCUCCCCUUCGUCCUCCUGCGCCGCCACACGCAGAGGAGCAGGGCCCUCGCGCCGCGCACCUCGCCCGCCCCUGCUCCCGGCCAUCCUCGCCGCCGACCUCCUGUGCCCCGUCCCUCAAGCUCCUGCCGCCCACGACCAGCGCCCGCCUCCUCUGCUUCACCUGUCCUCUGCUCCGCCUCCAUCGCCGGCGACCAAGACUCCUUCCACGCCGCCUCUCCUCCUACUUCUCCUCGUCGCCACCAACCGUCUCGACCUCACCGCGGGCAGCAGCAGUUGCUGCAGCACCCUCUCGUCGACGCCGCGCUCGGACCUCCACCGCGCCUCGCCUUCGACUUCGGCUUCCGCGUCCCAUGGCCACGAGCGCCAUCAGCAGCAGGUUCAGGCCGUCCCGCCGAGUCCCUUGCCGCCCUCCUGCACCUCGUCUCCGGCCCUGUCCGUCGGAGCCAUGCCUCUUGGUGCCCGCAGCCGCGUCGCCGGUGUUCCUCCUCAACGCUGCCGCCUCGAACCUCCUCCGCGCGCCAAGUCCCGCCACGGCCAUCACCUCCCCGACGCCCUUGCUGUUGCUGCUAGACCACCUCGGGGCCACUAG